AACCAGUUUUAUUUGUUGUCAAGGUAGAGAUUCAAGAGGCCUUCGAAAGGAUGAAAAAUGUGCGUGUCCAAUUAAUGUGUAAGAGCAGAGGAGGAAAAACAUUUUCUUCAAUGUACCAACACGUAGUGAGUUGAAAACUUGAGUCUCUAAUUUACUGUGCUCCACGCGUGAGAAUAACUUUUUUCCACCCGGCAUGUUGAAAAACACUGCUGAAAGGCUAUCUUGACAUGAAAUAUUUUUUCUGGUUGGUAAAGGAAAUAAUUGUUUUGCUAUUUGUGACAUACAUUUAUCUUCAUCCUGUUGAUGGCCGUCGUUAUGACAAGUGUGAAACACCAGAUGGUCGUCAAGGAGUGUGUGUCGUGAAACGAUAUUGUCGCGAAGCUACAUUUCAGUCUCUUGAAGCUUGUGACAAUGAUGACAAUUUCUGUUGCCCGAUCACGACGCAUAGAUCUGCAAAGCCACCAAUUUAUCCCAUAUCAGAACCACACAAUACAAGAAAUGAUGAUAUUCCAAAAAGCGUCCGUAACGCAUCACAUGACAGUGAUCAUCGAUCGGUGAUCGGUGAUCAAAGGCCUGUAUAUGGCCAUGCUAAUCCAGAAAGAGACUCCUUGCCGCACAUACCAACAGACUCUCAUAAAGUGCUGUCAUCUUCUAGCGGUGGUAACCGGCGAAAUGUAACUUCUUACCACAAUUCAGAAGAGCCAAAGAGUACAAGAAAUGAGAAUCCUCCAAAAAACGUUCCAAAUGAAUCACCAGACGAUCGUCGAUCAAUGGCACGUGAUUCUUACAAUGGAAAUGAAAGACCAGUAAAUGGUCGUGCUGAUUCUGGGGCAGAUUCUUCACCAAAUGUACCAAUAAACUCUCAUAGAGUGCCUUCUUCUUCAAGCGGUAGUAACAGACAGACUGUAACUUCACACCGCAAUCCGGAAGAACCACGAAGUACAAGAAAUGAGAAUCCUCCGAAAAUCGUUCCAAAUGCGUCACCUGACAGUGAUCGUCGAUCAGUGCCACGGGAUUCUUAUAGUGGAAAUCAAAGACCAGUAUAUGGUCAUGCUAAUUCUGAGACAGAUUCUUUACCAAAUGUGCCAGUGAACUCUCACAGAGUGCCUUCUUUUUCAAACGAUGGUAACCGACAGACUACAACUUCACACAGCAAUCCAGAUGAGGAUUCAUCAAAAAGCGUUCCAAAUGCGUCACCAAACACCGAUGAUCGGUCGAAGACGCGUGAUUUUCCCAGUGGCAAUCAAAGGUCAGUGUAUAACCAAGCUAACCGUGGGAGGGGAUCUUUUCCUAACAUACCACCAGACUCUCAUAACGUGCUAUCUUCUUCCAGAGGAAGUAAUCAACAACCUGUGUCUUCCCAUCAUAAUCCUGAAGAUGAUUUUCAACCAGACAUGAAAGAAAACAGAAAAAGAACCAUAAUCUCUGAACACUCUGUUAACAAAUCAUAUAUUCCAACGCAAGGUGGAAGAGUUAAGUUUGAGGAUGCAGAACAUUUAUUUAAUGAUCGCAACAACAAAAAUCGAAGGCUCAAGCCUCUGUCAUCUAAUAGCAAUGUGAAACCAUCGGUUGAACCCAGUGAAAAAGAUUCACACAAUCGUCAAAAUUCUGCUGGACCAGAUUCUGCAACAAAUAAUCGAAAUGUAAAUCCCGGACCACUGAUUUCUACUUUUGGACAUUAUCCCUCCGUUCAUCAACUCGAAGUACAAAAACUGCCGAGCAAUCCAAGAAGAUUGAAACCAUUUCAUAAUGAGGAAAAUAACGACACAUUUGAUGGCAAUGUGAGGCAUACAUUUUAUCCACACACUCAACCGAAAGUUCCAGCAUGUGGUGUGAAACCUUACGACUUAUUUAUUGCUGGUGGCGAAACAUCAGAAGCCUACGAAUGGCCUUGGAUGACAUCAAUUUUUCGACGGCAUCAAGGUUCGAGGCCUAAAACGUUUCUUUGUGGUGGAUCACUCAUUAACAGCAAGUACGUUUUGACGGCGGCGCACUGUUUUGUCAAUAACUACGUAGUUCUACCAGCUUCUUCUUUCGUGAUACGUCUUGGAUCACAUUUUUUGGACAGUGGUGAAGAAUAUACUGUUUCAGAUCUGGUGAUUCAUCAUAACCACAGUGGAUCAGAUUUCUUCAACGAUAUUGCUCUGGUCAAGAUCGCUAGUGAGGUUUACAUCACUGACAAGAUUGCUCCGAUUUGUUUGCCAACACCGGACAUGAUCUCGGAGGAUUUUGUCGAUCGAAUAGCAACAGUGGCAGGAUGGGGAGACACAACAUUCCGUACUGGUAGCUCCAGAGCUUUACAACACGUAACAAUACCAAUCGUGUCCGGUGACGAAUGUUUUGCUGCAUAUUCGAGGGUCAGAGGAGCUGCUUUUCUAGCUAGGGGAAGUGACCAUGUCAUCUGCGCUGGGUUAAGAGAAGGUGGAAAAGACGCCUGCUUGGGUGAUUCUGGAGGACCUCUAAUGUUGAAAACAGUGGAUGAUCGCUGGAUUAUUGUAGGUAUCGUCUCAUUGGGUUACAAAUGCGCAGAACCCGGGUACCCAGGAGUGUACACCAGAGUGACGCAUUACCUAACCUGGAUUCAUGCAAACAUGAAACCCCAUUGAAAAUUUGUUUUCAUUAAUUAUGUAAAUAUUAAUAUUAUGCCAACCUUUUGUCAUCUUAUUUUACUCACUUCAUUUAUUUUACUGUUAUAAAAGUACAACAAUGUAAAAUUGUGCUGAAAUAAUAUGUAAAAUGUAAUAAA